CAAUGCUUGUUGUUGAGUUGUCCUUCAAGAGAACAAUUGUUUUCAUUAGGGUAAUAAAAUUCUGGUGUAUUUUAUUUUCUGAUUUAACCUGGUUAUGGUUCUUGGCACUCUGACCUUGCCUUUCCUUUCUCCAAAGUCAGAAGCAGUUACUGCAGCUCCCUAUAAGCAUCAAAAUUCCUCAAAAGAUGAUGACUAUAAUUUUCUGAAAGAAGGCAGGAAACAAGCAGAAAACAGGAUAAAAAAGGAGCUCGCUAAGGUUAAGUCUAUGGUUCAGUAUCCAGAAGGCAGAGAGCAAUAUCGCAGACUGCUGAAUGUUGUCACUGAGAUCCAAGAGAAAAAGGUCAGUACGCCGGGUCCAAUUGAUUUUGAUGAAGAUCUGAUAGAUGUUGAAGCAUUAAUAGAGUAUGACACUUUCAUGGCUAUUGCAACUUGAGACAUCUUUAAAACCUCAGAUAAUAAAAUAAACUUACCAGA